CCUACACGUUUCAUACAAUCGCAAUCGAGUGAUUCGCUUUUUUCUUUAUAGUUUCGCUAGGCUGUGUUUAAACUCUAAAAGAGUAAAAGUGUUGUGUGAUUCAACUAUUCAGUUCAGCACAAUUCAGCAAUCAGGCAUCUCCAGCUAGAGAGUAUUGAGUAGUAUAUUCUUAAGACAGUAAUUAGUAUUGAUUACGUUUUUUGUUCUUUGAAGCAUUAUUUUUUGUACUAAAUACUAUUCAUUUAAUAGUAUUUAGUAUUUAUCAUUAAUUAUUACGUCUAUGAAAUUGUUUCUUCGUUGUAUUGUCAAAAGUUAAUAAAUUUGAAGACAUCAAUGUUGGAUAUUCUAUUCAGAUAGUAAAUAUAUUCUCUAAUUCAGGUAAAGACAAUAUCUGACCGAGUAUUAUGUAUUGUAACGCACAAAUCUUGGAGGUCGCGCAAAAAGAAACAAGUAAGAUUAGUCCGAGUGAAGGCCGUAGUUUCAAAGCUGCUUUAAUAAUAUGUGUCGGUUUGUUCAUUGUGGGCACUGUAGCAUUAUUUAUGAGUGCUAAUGAGUUACCAGAAAGCAGAUUAAUUUAUGUUGAAAAUAUCCAAAGUAACAAUGCCAAUGCCCGGGUUGUGUCCUGUUACUACAAUAUCCCAGACAGAGACAAUUCAAGCGCUUUGCUACCCAAUAGUCUUCAUCCACAUUUGUGUACUCACAUAAAUGUUGCUUUUGCUCCUAUUAAAGACAAAAAAAUAAUUCUAGAUGAUAACAUGAUUAAAACUAUCAGAGAAAUUGUUAAUCUAAAAUCACAGAAUCCAGAACUGAAAGUUUUAUUAUCCGUGGGUGGGGCGGGCAAUAACAACGGUUUCUCAGAGAUGGUAGUUGACCAUGCAUCAAGAAAAACAUUCAUCAGGUGUAUUAAGUAUAUUUUACAUAAUUAUGAAUUAGAUGGAAUUGAUCUUGAUUGGGAAUUCCCUGUGAUCCACAAUAUUGGUGGAGACCUAGCUAAGAGGGAGAGACAACAUUUUUCUCAGUUGUUGAGGGAAAUAAGAAUGGAAUAUUUGAGAGAAAGGAAAAACUAUUUACUGACAGUAGCAGUGGCUGCUCAACAGGUUGUAGUUGAUGUGGCUUAUGAUGUUGAUCAAAUCAAUCUGUAUGUUGACUAUGCCAACAUAAUGACAUAUGACUUCCACUACUAUACUAAGUUCACACCAUUCACCGGGCUCAAUGCACCCCUGUAUGCCAGACAGUCUGAGCGCUUCUACAUGGCCACCCUCAACAUCAACUACACAGUCCAGAUGUAUCUAAACAAGGGAUUAGAUGAAAGCAAACUGGUGGUCGGCAUACCCACAUAUGGACACUCCUUCACUUUGGUCAACUCACAGAAUGCUAAUAUUGAAAGCCCUGUUUCUGGAUUUGGUCAACUUGGCAAUUUAGGAUUUGUCAACUAUCCAGAUAUUUGUAAAUUUGUCAAGUCAAAUAAAGUUACAGUAAAUGAGGAUUUAUAUGCUAAGGUGCCAUACUUACACUACAGCACAGAGUGGGUUUCAUAUGACACCCCCAAAAGUGUAAUGGAGAAGGCACAAUAUAUAAAAAAACACAAUCUUAGAGGAGCCAUGAUAUACUCAUUAAAUGCAGAUGAUUACUUGGGAACAUGUGCACAGCUGUCGGAUAAUAUACGGUUCCCUCUCUCAGAAUCUGUUAAGAAUUCACUACUGGUUUAAAUAAGUGGGAUCAAGUGGUGGUGUGGAUGGUUAUAAUUUGCAUGAUAAUGUUACCUUUUUCUUCCUGGCCACAUAGGUGAUUUUGUACAUAGUGCAGGAUUUCAUUGCUUUCGACCGUCACACUUAACAGACAAAUGUCGCGGCGAUUGCGCGGGCAGCGGCGCCCACGCAGCAUGUCCAAGGCGAGCGAGGCUCGGACCGACUGCGCUCUGCGGCUCACCGGCUCAGAACAGCACGCACGCGCAUAUAUUAGAGCCCGCCUCCAUUGCUUAUGUGGAAAAAGUAGCAAGCACCACUAGGUUUCCGCAUGAGAGACCAUCUGCUGCGCACCACUCCAUAAUCCACCUAGCGGCCGUGAGGAGCCAAUUGAAAUCAUUAAUUAUUAGAGACAGUUACUUGACACAGAGAGAGUACAAUAAUUAAUGCUUUAAUGUAUGUACAUAUUAUUAAAAUUAUUGUUGUUGUAUGUUAAGAUAACAUAGGCGUAUAUUUCAUUGAGGCUGUGAAAUUCUGGCUUUUGUUGUUAUUUAUUUAUGUUUACUUCUUUAACAAUGCAGUAUUUUAUUUUACGUAUUUAUUUUUUAUGUCGCCUCUUCACAAACGGCGAUUACAUACGAGCACGAUCGUGUGGAGGGCUUAUUCGCUUCUAGCCGCCGAUUAUCGUCUAUAAUAGUCGUAACUCGUAGUGAUCGCGGCGAUCGAUGACUUGUCGGUUUUUGAAAGGAAAUUCGCGACUAGUUGCGUGCGCGUGCCCACACGAUCGCCGAUCAUUCAUUCACUGGACAGUGAGCGAAGCCUUACGUACUUCGCGUCGUCGUCUCGGCGUAGUUUUGCUUUCUUUUUAUUUCCAUGAUAGAUACAAUGACUACUUUGUGGUCACAUGAAGAAACAUUAAAAUUCAUAGAACUUUAUCAGAACCACCCAGAAAAUAAAUAGAAUCCCAAACAUUAUGUCCAUCUUGAAGGACUGCCGCUCUAUAUAUGAUUACGGAUGAUCGUGUGGAUGCUUACACGAUGACAGACCAUCAUACAAGUAACGAGUAUCGCCGAUAGUGGAGUGGAGGCAUUACAGUAUAAUCGGAAUAAAACCAAAAUUUGUGUACUAAUUAUUGCAGUUAUUUAUGAUUGUGUCUAACGUUUGAUCAAAACAUACAUAUAACACAAAGGCUAAAAUUAUUAUUUUAAUAUUUUUGUUAAUAAAGGGAAUGUUAAGAAAAUGAA